GAAAUUAUACGGCGGCCGGGAUAGAGCACGCUGCAUCUCGAAUUUUCUAGCUCUUUUCUCUCUUUUCUUUACCUGAGAAACGCAAAGCUGUGUAACCAGAGGGCUGAUGUUCACUUGAAGGCACACUACUGGCUCUACGCUUGUUAGGCAGCGUUUUAGUUGUUUUAAGUGCAAUUUAUCGGUAACCACGAUCGGAACGAAAUGGAUUGCGAACAUAGUGCAGACACUGUCUCGGAAAGCAGUACGAAGUACUAUACACUUGAAGAAAUCAGCCAACACAAUAUGAGCAAGGAUACUUGGCUUAUUAUCCACGAUAAAGUGUAUGAUAUCACAAGCUUCUUGGGGGAGCAUCCAGGAGGUGAGGAGGUGUUGCUGGAGCAGGCUGGAUUAGACGCAACAGAGAGUUUUGAAGACGUUGGCCAUUCCACAGAUGCAAGGGAGAUGCUCCAGCAGUAUUUCAUUGGCGAGGUGCACAUGGAUGACCGCAAUAAGGAAAACAGUAAGGACAUUUUCAUCACAACCUCUGGCGAAUCCAGUUCAUGGAAGACAUGGUUGAUCCCUGCCCUGGCAGCUGCUGUGAUUGGCCUGAUGUACCGUUUUUAUAUACUGGAGCACAAGUCUUCUUGAGUCCUGGCUUCUCCAUAGCAUCCAUCUAAUCUCUCGCUUUCUGUGGAGAUCUUGACACGUCAGACUAAACAUCCGCACAUCAACCGACCAGAGGAAUCCCCAAUUCCCAUGAACCCUUUUUACUGCCCCAUCUCUUGAGAGAGGCCCUGCUCCUCCCACUCACCUGUACCUCCUCUCUGCAUUCCAGUCCCUGGACAGUGGGAGGUGCUAUGAGAUGCACUAGAAACCAGCUGUCCUCUGUGACUCCUACCUGAGAGCAGCUAUUUUUCUAAAUUCAUUCACCUUUUGUCUUUUCUCUGGUGUUCUUAUCCUUGUCCUAUGUGCCAUUUUUGAUGAACAGAACUCUUACUGAACCUUGUGAACGUAGCUGCACAAGACAUACUCUCUGUUCUCUAAGUGUACAUUUCUAUACAAAUUUGGGUGUUCUUUUUUAAGUGGAGAAAUCAUCAGUGAAGAAAUCUGUCAAGUUUUCAUAAUCCUCAGUGGAGUGUUUGACCUUUAUUUCUUGGUGAGUUGAGUGAAGGGAUAUCAAGAAAAUCUUAGGAAUUGCAAAUUAAUGUUUAAUCAGAAGCUCAGAAAAAUUGUGUCGGUUUUUAUUUGAAGAUUUACAUGUACAUUUUGAUGUAAAAUUCUAAAUUUUCAAUCAGUAUAAGCACUUGCCUUUGCACCUAAAAAAUAUUAAGGGAAUUAAUUUAUGUAAUUACACUUGAGGGCAAAACCAAAAACAGUGGCUAUGUUAUGGUGGGGAAUCAUAUGUCAUUCUAUUCAGACCGGUCCCCUUUAGUUCAUUCAGUGUUCGUACUGGAAAAGAACAGAAUCCUUUUUGUGGUGAGUCUCACUGGCUUUUCUACAGUAAGCAUGGAUUUUUUGCAUUGCAAUUUUGUUCUGUACAAAGUAUUUUCUGUUGAGCACAUGUAUUUCACAUAAAGUGGAUUGAAGGCAGCCUCCAGUUUGAGGAAUAGUCUAACAAAUAUCAAAGCCUCAUGGAAAUGAGUACUUUUUUACAUGCAAUGUUGUUAUAAACUGUCAUAACUUAAUAUUGAGAAUGAUUGUAACCCCUCUGACAUUUUCAUUUAUAAUUAUGCAUUUAUUUGAGCACUAUUGCUGAAAUUGCUAUUUGUGUAUUACAUAUUAUAAUAUAGUAUUUAGGUGUAAAGAUUUGAUGAAUGCAAGAUUAAUUGUAUUUUAUUCAUGCCUAUGCAUUUAUUUUUGUGAUUAAAUAAAUGGCAGAUCGGUGCAGUGA